AUGUACAAGCGAGUGAUGCUUGCGAGAAUCCUGGUCCUGCCUGCAAGGGACGCGCACGUCGUGCAUUGGGCCGUCGUUGCAUGCAAGUCAUCCAUUUUCCUCGGCCAUUUUCGCUGUCUUGUGGUGCCCCGGGCUCGUAAAAAGCCCAGAGCAGAAGGGAUAUCAAGUGCAGAAGCAAAGCCAGUUCCGGGGCCGUGA